AUGGACACCCACGCCAUAACAUCCCAAACUGCCAUUAAUGGUGCAUCUCACGACCCGGACUCCCGCAAUUUCGGGGCUCCUUCUGGUCUGUCCAUCCAUCACAGUGAAACAUCCAGGUCAGCCCUCUCUACUCCUAGAGACUCGGUCAACCAGACUACAAGAUCACGCCAGCACCGACAAUUGUCUCUAGCCGACCAUUACAAUCUUCCUCUUCAGCCACCAAAGCCGUGGAGGAGCAAAGACAGAACCUGGACUCACUCUCAGUUACAGAGAGAGAGGUAUGAGUUCUUCGAGACCCGUGUCACUGGGAGCCCCGAUAUAUGGAAUGGCUUGAAGCAGGUGAUUCAAUGUCUGCAUGAAGGUGAUCUGGCCGACGCCCAGGGAAUACUAGAUGCCCUGUCUGUCACUCUCCCGACGGGAAAGCUGGAGGAAGGGGCUUACGAUGAACAUGGAAAUCUGUAUAAAAUACCCCAGGCAGUCAUCUCAGAUCCGACCGACGUUAUCGAGGAUAACACAGACAUGGAUUCCCAAACAGUCACAGGCACUAGUGAUAUCGAUGCUAUUGCGGCCAAAUUAGAGGCAGCAGAGCGCGGCAAUCUGGGCGGGAGCAAGGAUAGCUCUAAUGAGGAAAAGGCCAAAGAAGUCAAGGGUAAAGCGCCCGUCCCAAAGGAUGCCGUUAAAGUCAGAUGCCGGCUUAGCGAUCGUGGGGAUCCCGAUGUGGUUGUUCUGCUCGGCAGAAGCCAGAGGGUCCCCAGCAUAGCCAAGAUACGGAUUGCAUACCUUGGUAAGAUUUUGGACGAAAAGCUCACCUUGCUAGAUCAAGGCUGGAAAGAAGGGCAUGUGGUUAACGCUCUCGUGGUGGGGGUGUACAGCUGA